UGCCCGCGCAGCAGACUCGGUUCCAGUCAGACUAUACAAGUCGAUCUACAGACGGGAUAGAAAUCUAGAAGAAGACUUGAAGAGCCAGCGUCUGGUCAGCAUCAUCAAGCGCUGUAUUGCUCAGUGUCUGUCGCGGUUCAUUCUCUCUGCCCGUCCAUCUGUUAGCGGCCAGGCACUGCCUAUUUGGCAUUUCCGUUUCUCUGCUUGAUUUUAUUUUUUUUUCUUGUCUGGCUGUCUCUCUUUCCCUUGAGAGAGAGAGAGCAAGGGUGGAGUACACGCAGUGAAGCUUAAGACAAGGCCGCAUUGGGAUUGUGUUGUCAUUUGCCCAUCGUCUUUGGCCGUCGUCGGCUUCUUAUCAACAAGUGGCUCUCUCAAGUUGCUUUCAACGGCCACCUUUAGCCAUCCCUCAUCUCAAGACUACUCUCAGCUUUUUGUUAUCUUUUCUUCCAAACGAGUUAUCUGUCGUUUUAAACCUCUGGCUCAUCGUUUUCGCAGUUGUACUACGAGACAAUCCCCUCGACUUUAUUGGCGAAUUUUGUAGCCAUUAAGAAUUACACAGGCGAACGGAGACCGGAAGGGCAGCUAUGCAUGAAUUGCGAACUCUUCUCGACCGUUUGGAAAUCGGCUGCUUGGAGACGUCGUUAACAGAUCCUCAACCCAAAGGAGAGGAAUGUCCACGCGUAUGGGACGGCCUUUUAUGUUGGCCACCAACGCCAGCCAACGUUACGAGCCACCUCAGCUGUCCGGAGUAUGUCGACGGGUUUGACGUCCUGGCUUUCGCGACUCGACAUUGCAUGGAAGAUGGAACGUGGUACUUCAAUCUACAGGAGAACAGAACUUGGUCGAAUUAUUCAUCGUGUGGCCUGUCUAGACAUUCCCCUUUCAACACCACGCUAUUCGAAACCUGGCUGCCAAUUAUCAGAAGGAUAUCACAAGUCGGUUAUGGAGUCUCUCUCGGCACCUUACUCAUCGCCCUUUUUAUUUUAGCAUCAUUCAAGAAAUUAUAUUGUCCGCGCAAUACGCUACACAUGCAUCUGUUCAUCUCUUUCAUCAUGCGAGCGUUUAUGGCACUGCUCAGAGAUAAUCUCUUUGUCGAUGGACUAGAUAGUUUUGCCUUGUCGACAGAUGAAUCCCUCGCUGAUACGAAUGUGGACGAUCUCCUGCACCAGUACCCCGGCACGGGCGGCUGGCAAUGCAAGCUAGUAACGAGCUUCUGGCAGUACUUCAUCAUGGCAAAUUAUUCCUGGAUCCUGAUGGAAGGACUCUACUUGCACAAUCUAAUCUUCCUGGCACUGUUUACCGACUCUAGUGCCAUCACCAUUUACAUUAUCCUCGGUUGGGGUUUACCAUUGAUAUUCGUCUCUUCGUGGGUGGUAAUGCGAGUCCUGUUUGAAAAUCUACUCUGCUGGACGACGAACGAGAACAAAAUCAUAUUUUGGCUUCUCAUCCGGGGACCUAUAACAGCUUCUAUUUUGAUCAAUUUGAUGUUCUUCCUGCACAUCACGUGGGUGCUCCUGUCCAAGUUAAGGUCAUCCGUAUCAGCUGAGACACGCAAGUACAGGUACAGAAAAUGGGCAAAAUCCACCUUGGUGUUGGUCCCUCUUUUCGGGGUUCACUACACCGUCUAUUGUAUUAUGCACGGGGCAGACGACGGACUUGGGGAAGCUGUGGAAGUGGCACUCCUCGUUUCCGAUCAACUUUUCGCUUCUUUUCAAGGAUUCUUGGUUGCCCUUCUUUACUGUUUAAUGAACGGCGAGGUCCGCGGAGAACUGUCCCGCCGGUGGAAACGAUUCCGGCAGAAUCAUAACUUGGACUCGCCUUGGUCGCAGUACAGUAUCACCAACAAUUCCAGGAUUCUUCAUUUGAAUGGAUGCAGGACAAAUACGACACGCGGCUGGCGGACGUCGUUUCAUUCAAUUCAGAUCACGUCAACGGGUGGCGAUCGCCGUGACUACAGACUCCGCUCCCUUACACCGCCGUUCAUCGCGUGCUACAAUAGCAACCCUAACAAUUCGUCCAACAGCUGCGACUCGCGAUCAACGUCUAUUACUGGCCCUAUCAAUCAAUCAGUUAGCACCAACAGUGUCAUUGGUCCGACACGCAUUGCCUGUUCAAAGCAAAUCACCAUUGCAAAUCGACUGGAGAAGAUCGUUAGCGAAAGCGAAGAAUCGGAGCAUUUAGACACUCGACCCCAUUACGAUAGUGACGAGGCGACGACUUUAGCUGAUAUGACUACCAAGCCUCUCAGGGCAAUAUCUAAAACGUCAUUGUAAAAGAACAAUACGAAGGCAUUAUCUAGAUACCUGCAAAACGCGUGAAAUUAUCACGACAGCCAUUCCAUUUGUCAUGAGAAAAAUCCACACUGAUGUACCUAUACUUCCAUUUAAACAGUUACGUGUCUUUCUACAUGCACACGAAACUGUUUUUGGUGGAAGAAAGUCAGCCCCCUUCGAUGACCUUAUUUUUCUUAUUGACAACAUGUACAUAUUAAUACGAUAUGUCUUCUUUCUUUAAAUAUUGCAUGUCGUGUGUGGUUGGAUCAGUGUAUUAUAACAAAACACCGGUGAGUUAAAUGUCAAAUGUGACCCUAAAAAUGUGAUUUUUGCUUUUAAACGUUCAUACUGUCGAUGAAAGUUUGCGGCUCAAUAUGAUUAGCAUUUUUCAGCUCUUAUACAACAUUAGGCACUUAAAGUGGUUCGUUUAAGCGUUAACCUAACCCUUUUAUGUACAGCUGUGCAAGCCUAUGCUCAGAUUGAGUAUUCGUAUCCUCCCGCCUCAUGGUCAGUAUUUUUUUUAGCUUGAAGCUAUAGUCGUGACAUCUCACGCUACGGAUGGAAGAAGAACUGUUCACAUCCUGUGUGAAUCAAAGUCCAUCUACCGACAUCAGACAAACUGGGAACCAACGAUUCGGAUAAAAACAGGGCAAAGAUGCAAUUGUACUUCUAGUUCCUUUAGUUUAGCCAAUAACAUCGGGGUAAUCCUUGAUUGAUUGUGACGGUAAGUUCCGAGUCGAGUGCAAACGUUUUCUUAGAAAAGAAUCAGUCGAUAUUAAGGCGAAUAGUUAAAAGGUCAAGAAAUAUGCGAUGGUGGAAACUGGUUCCACAACUAGUAGAGUGCGAUAACCUACCACAAUUCAAUGACCUUAUUCCUUUUCGGAAUAAUUAUGACCAAAUGACCCUCAUUCUUCAUUUUCUGAACAAAACGCGUCGCUUAAUCGCCGUGCCCGAUUACACAUAAGUGUAAUGAAGCAACUAUACCCGGUUUAAAUUUAAAUUUCUUAACUAUCUGUGCCAUACGGUUUCCUUAAAUGUUCGCAUUGUCGUCGCCCAAUGUAAUUGGCAAGUUAUAAAUAAAAAAUGUCUGUAUUCCUAAAUCACGCAUUGCACCAUUAUGGAAGUUACAAACAUACAGUAUAAAACUGGAGGUGUAUGUGCCUUCACGGACAGUUUCCACAGAUCUCACACCAUAAUAACAAAGCCCGACUUAUUUUGUCGGGCUUAAUUUUGAUUUUGAUUUUUUUUAACAUCUAAAUAUAGCUAUAAAAAUA